ACUUUCCACAAAUAACAAGUCAUGUCAGUAAACACACCCUUUGGUCUGGCGUUGCUUCCUUUUGAUUUUGAUUAAAUCUACUUUUCCACCCCCCCCCCCGCAAUAUUUGUUUUUUUUCCAAUGUUGUGACAUCUGAAAGUAGCCGGAAGAGUACUUCUCUCUCAGGAAGAGGCACGAGAGCUGGACGAGUCUGAGCCCGGUUGUUCGCUGAUCGAUUUUGGCAGAAGGUGCGGUUUCCAAGUCUUCUGAAUGACCGCCCAGGUUACAGUGCUGUAUUUUGCCAAGAGUGCUGAACUCUCAGGAAUUCAUUCUGAGGUGCUUACUGUUCCACAUCAGCUUACUUCUUUACAACUAUGGGAGGAAAUCGUUAGGAAACAUCCCAGACUUGGUACCAUAAGGGAUCACAUCAUUCUUGCUGUUCGUCAGGAAUUCAUCAUCCUGGGAGAUCAGCUUCUGUUCCUCGAGCCAGGAGACGAGAUUGCUGUCAUCCCCCCUAUCAGUGGGGGCUAGUUCCUGGGAUACAUAAGCAGGUACAACCAGAAACCACUUUGAAGGAAGGAAAGUUGUCCGACUUGAAUAUGAAGCUUAUAUUCCAAUGGCUGAAUCCGAAAUAAAGAAAAUCUGCCGAGCUAUUAGAAAUCAAUGGCCAGCGAUUCAGCACAUCAGUG